AUGAAUAUUUCACAAAUGUUAAUAAACCAGAAGACAAUUAAAAGUAUUCCCAUUAACUCUUUAAUCUCCGAUUUUUUCAACAUCUUCAACUUACUGAUAGUAGGCGAGGUCAUAGGCAUCCUGGGUAUCAUAGGCAACGUAUUUACCAAUAGGAACUUUUACAAACAAGGCUUCCGUGAUACGGUCAGCGUGACAUUGACCGCGCUUGCGGUCAGCGACAUUGGAGCACUGGUCACUCAGCAGGGCUACAACAUUAUGGUUAACCCCUGGCUGUCCAAGAUGGAUUUGGAUUUCGCCCUCUACAGUAUGGUGGCUGUGUUCUUCUUCUACCCUAAUGGGUACUUUAUCAGGGUCAGCGGGCUGAUUACGGCCUUCGCUUCUUUCGAGAGGUGCGUGUCGGUCGCGUUGCCUCUGAAAGUGAGGCUGCUCUUCUCACGAAAGGUUGUUCUGAUUGUUAAUGUUAUGAUAUUUUUUCUGAUGUCCAUUUAUCUGUUUCCAUUGUACUAUUUCUAUUGUGUCCAGUUCGUGUAUGUAUUCAACCCGCUCACGAAUCGCACCCUGUUCACUCUGAAAUACCGAGAGAACGCUGACAUCGUUCUACACGUGAGUUACCUCCUCGUAGACCUGGCCGUGCCCUACUUUACGUUCCUUGUCACCAUCGUCAGUGCUGUCAUCAUAGUUGUCCAGCUGAGGAGCAAGGCCAAGUGGAGGUCAGCAGUGGUCAGCGGGAAAACUCAGGGGGAGAAAAGUGAUGCUCUUCCGAAAGAGAAAAGGACGUCUGUCAUGCUGGUCACUGUCUCCCUGAUUUUCAUCGUUUGCUUAAUUCCGCACUCGGCUAUUCUGACAGCGCUCAGUUUUGUGAAAGAGCUGAAAUUAGGUGGCCCUUACUUUAACGUCGCGUUCUUGUGUUACACUUUCACAUUUCUGAUGGAGACCAUCAACUGUAGUGUCAGUAUCCUGGUUUACUAUAAGAUGAGCACCAAGUUCAGAACCACGGCUCAAGAGAUGCUGAAACUUUGUAAGAGAACUGACUUAAAACACUGA